AUGGGGGAGCGGGGGCUGCGGGAUCUGGGCGUCGGGGCGGUUGGAGCGGGGGUUGCGGGGCCGAUGCGGUCAACGCAGCAGGGCGCGCGGCGCGGCCAGCUGGGCAGGAUCUGGGCGCGAGAGGGGCGGGAAGCCGGGAACAUGCGCGUGCUGGGCCGGGUUCUGCCGGACCGGGCCGGCCUGUUUGGCCAGGUAUGGGCCCACUCCCGCCCGCGUCGCGUCGGCCUAACCGCCUCCCUCCACGAUGGCAGAGACAGAGCAACCCCCAGCGCGGAAUGGAGCCCGCGCCGCGCCGCCGUGGCGCACUUCGCCGAUCUCCCCGAGCCCUUCCAGCACCGGAGAACAAUACCGGCGCUGUCUUCCCCGAUUCCGGCAGAUACUGCCGAUCCCGAGUCUAGCGUGCUCAGUGAGAAGCUUGCUCUGGAAUCUGGACUGGGUCUGCGUGAAGAGGAAAAACGUGUGGGCAUGAGCGAGAUCAGGCAUUUGGUUACCGACCCACACCGUGUGUUUGCCAAUUGCCAUAAGAGCUUGACAAUUUGUAUGCAAACACUUGAGGCCCUUGCUCUGAUAUGAAAUUGGCAUGCAUUUAAGCAAGCAAACGUCAGUUGAUACAAAGGAUGUUAGGUUUUCGUAGCGUACUCGUUGCUGUUAAAAUGUUCUUUUGAUCACAACUGUUAGUGUUCUUUCGUGUAUUUUUGUUGGCUGCAAGAAGCAAUCUUGCAGUUCUGACGGUGAUGUAGCAUAUCCAAUUGCUUUUACUUCUGUAUGCGCUUCACUAUGCAAUAUAACUAAACUUCUGUUA